AUGGAGUCCAUUUCUCGGAUAUCCAAUCUGCUCGAGAGUGCUCGGGAGCUUACCCUCGAUGCCGCCCAAGCAGCUCGGAGCACUCGCGGCACCACAACACGCUCCCUACCUAUGGCGCAACUCAAGAAACUCCUAGACAGCCGAAAUGACCGCGAAGUGCUGGAGGGUCUGCGGCGGGUUAUCUCCAUGAUGUACCGCCAGCAACGGACCCUUCCCUACUUCUCGUCGGUCGUCAAGAAUGUCGCCUCGCCUCACCUCGAAAUCAAGAAGCUCGUAUACAUAUAUCUCAUCCACCAUGCCGAGCAGGAGCCCGACAUGGCUCUGCUCUCGAUCAACACGAUACAGAAAUCAUUAUCCGACACGAACCCGCAAGUGCGCGCCCUGGCCCUGCGAACCAUGUCAGGCAUACGCGUUCCUGUCAUCAGCCAGAUCGUCUCGCUGGCUAUCAAGAAGGGAGCCGGCGACAUGUCCCCUCACGUACGGAAAGCAGCCGCACUCGCCAUCCCCAAAUGCUAUCGCCUCGAGCCGAACACCCUUCCCCAGCUGCUGGAAUACCUAACGACGUUGCUUGCCGAUAAGCAGUACUUCGUCGCUGGUGCCGCCGUCAGUGCUUUUAUGGAGAUAUGUCCGGAAAGAAUAGACCUGAUCCACAAGCAUUACAGGAGUCUCAUCAAGAAGAUCGUGGAUAUGGACGAAUGGAGCCAGUUGGCCACCCUGAGGAUGAUGACCGUCUACGCCCGGAAAUGCUUCCCAAGGCGGACGAGAAGCGCCAAGGCAAAAGACAAGGCCGCGGACCUCCAAGACUUUUAUGGAGAGGGGGUCUCGGAGCCCGCGGAAGAAGCCGAACAAGUGGUUGUCCUUGACCCCGACCUGGUCAUGCUGCUGAAUGGGAUCAAGCCGCUACUACAAAGCCGGAACUCGGGCGUUGUGAUCGCUGUUGCACGCUGUUAUGCUGAGAUUGGGACGCCCGAGUAUACGACGGCUGCUGUUGGCCCCUUGAUCGCUUUGCUGCGGGGAGCACAAGACAUCGGGCAAAUAGCCCUCUACAACAUUGUGUCCGUCUGCCUAAACCAUCCCACGGCGUUCGUCAAACAUGCGUCUCAUUUUCUCGUCCGGGCUACCGACACAGCUCCUGUAUGGGAGCUAAAGCUCGAGGUUCUCACAUUGAUAUUUCCUCACAGCCCAUUACACACGAAAAGCCUGAUCCUCAAUGAGCUCGAACACUUCUCGCGCGGUACGAACAAGUCCCUCGUCCGCGAGGCAGUGCGCGCUAUCGGCCGCUGUGCCCUGGCAGAUCCGGCAACUGCAUCACGAUGUAUGCGAUUACUACUGGGUCAGAUCACCAGUCUCGACGGAACACUCGCUGCCGAGUCUCUCACCGUCAUCCGGCAUAUCAUCCAGAAAGAUCCCCAAGCGCAUAUGGGCACCGUGGUGCGGUUAGCAAAGAACCUUGACUCCGCGACAGAUCCGCAUGCGCACGCGACAAUCGUAUGGCUGGUCGGCGAGUUUGCCGGCCUCAACGGCGACGAUAACAUUGCUGCCGAUGUUCUUCGCAUCCUCCUCAAGGAAUUCGCCGCCGAGUCCGAAGUUGCCAAGCGCCAGAUCGUCCUGCUUGCCGCCAAGGUGUAUCUACACCACAUCAAUAGAGAGAGCGAGAAGCAGAAGAAAGAGACGGAAGACGACCAGACUCCGCCCUCCCCAACGAGUGAUCAUCCGAUAACUCGCUUAUGGGACUACACUCUAUUGCUCGUUCGGUAUGACACAUCGUACGAUCUGCGCGACCGGACACGUCUGUACAAGGCGCUACUCGGCGUUCCGCAGCUCGCUACACUCAUGCUGCUUGCACCCAAACCAGCGCCCCAUGCACCUAGUCCGUCCGAGACAAGAAAAGGGUUCAUGCUGGGGUCAUCUGCUCUAGUACUGGCGGGUGGAGGGGGCGUACAUGGACUCCGUGGCUACGAACCAUUACCCGACUGGGUCGAAGAAGGUGAAGAGCCGGACCCCAAGCUUCGAGCGCAAGACGGCGUCAGGAAUGAGUACGGCGAAGAGAGGCGCGCCGUGCCGGCCUCGGACAUGCUGGGAGAUUCGUCGAGAGGAGGUAUGGGGAAGAGCAAUGGCCUAGCUGCAGGUACGGGUGCCAAGACGUUAUCAGAUUGGCUCGCGGAAGACGAGGAUGAAGAGGGGGAGGCCGGGUCCGAAGAAGACGACGAGGUGGAGGAAAGUGAAGAGGAAUCGGAAGAGGAGUCCGAGGAAGAAGAAGAGGAUGACGAUGACGAGAAUGAUGAUGACGACGUCGAUGGAGAGAGCCAGUACGAGGAGAACAAUGAAAGGGCCGAGCUCGAAGGAUUCCUAAACGAUUAG